AGGCUGGGCGGGCCCAGCGCGUUUAUUCUCCCGGGAGGAGCGCCCCCACGGCUUCCCGCCAAGGACCACUGCUGCGGGAUGCAGCGCUCCACGUCCACCGUCACCCUGCUCUCCGGGAGAGGAGCCAGAGCGCCCGGGACCCCCAACAGGAAGGCCAAUGUCUGCAGACUACGGCUGACCGUACCCCCUGAGAGAGCAGUUUCUGAGCAAAGUGAAAAGAAGAUUGAAAGGAAAGAACAGCAUCCUGACCUGAGCAAUGGAGAACCUACCAGGAAACUUCCUCAGGGUGUCGUGUAUGGUGUGGUGCGAAGAUCAGAUCAAAAUCAGCAGAAAGAAAUGGUGGUGUAUGGCUGGUCUACCAGUCAGCUGAAAGAAGAGAUGAACUACAUCAAAGAUGUAAGAGCCACUCUGGAAAAAGUAAGGAAACGAAUGUUUGGAGACUAUGAUGAAAUGAGACAGAAGAUUCGACAACUCACUCAGGAACUAUCAGUUUCACAUGCUCAGCAGGACUACUUGGAGCAUCACAUCGAAACACAGUCAUCAGCCUUGGAUAGUUUCAAUGCCAUGAACUCUGCUUUGGCAUCAGACUCCAUUGGUUUACAGAAAACACUUGUUGAUGUUACUCUGGAAAACAGCAACAUUAAGGAUCAAAUCAGAAAUCUGCAGAAGACAUACGAAGCCUCCAUGGACAAGCUGAGGGAGAAGCAGAGGCAGCUGGAGAUCACGCAAGUGGAAAACCAGCUGCUGAAAAUGAAGGUGGAAUCGUCCCAAGAAGCCAAUGCCGAGGUGAUGAGAGAGAUGACCAGGAAGCUGUACAGCCAGUAUGAAGAAAAGCUGCAUGAGGAGCAGCAGAGGCACAGCGCCGAGAAGGAGGCUCUUCUGGAAGAAACCAAUAGCUUUCUAAAAGCGAUUGAAGAGGCCAAUAAAAAGAUGCGGACGGCAGAGAUCAGCCUAGAGGAGAAAGACCAGAGAAUUGGGGAGCUGGACAGGCUGAUUGAGCGUAUGGAAAAGGAACGUCAUCAACUGCAACUCCAGCUCCUGGAACAUGAAACAGAAAUGUCAGGGGAAGUAUCUUACUCUGACAAGGAAAGGUAUCAGCAGCUGGAGGAGGCAUCCGCCAGCCUCCGUGAGCGGAUCCGACACCUAGAUGACAUGGUGCAUUGUCAGCAGAAGAAAGUCAAGCAGAUGGUCGAGGAGAUUGAAUCUUUAAAGAAAAAGGUGCAACAGAAACAGCUGUUGAUAUUACAACUCUUAGAAAAGAUAUCUUUCUUAGAAGGAGAGAAUAAUGAACUCCAAAGCAGAUUGGACUAUUUACUAGAAGCCCAGCCCAAGACUGAAGUGGAAACAAGAGAGAUUGGAGUGGGCUGUGAUCUUCUACCCAGCCAGCCAGGCAGGACUCGUGAAAUCGCCGCCAUGCCUUCCAGAAGCUACUCCCCAUACACCAGAGUCCUGGAGUUAACCAUGAAGAAAACCCUGACCUACAGCCCAGGACAAGCGCGCUGUCCACUGAUGGACAAGGGCCCUGACCUCUGA